GCUUUAUCACACCCCUGUGUGCAGAUGUCUAUAUCAGCAUGCUAACAUUAGCUUUAGCAGCCUAAUAAUUAGCGCUACUCAUCUCAGCUCUGAUGUGCCUCAUGUGUAACAGACGCUUCCUCUGUGAAGAUGUGUGAGGCCUGAAAGCUUCUUGAAACAAGAUCUUUUUUCAGAGGCUUAAAAUAUCCAUUGAGUGUCGAGUUGUAGUUGAGUUGAGAUUUCGAGCUGCCUUUGUGUGUUCCAUUCAGUGCCGAUGCUCUGUGUAUUUAGUUUAUUCCCACAUAUUUGUGACUUUGUGGUGCAUAAAAAUGCUCUUCAGGUUAACUAUAAGUGAAGAAAUCCUAUUUCUCAGGAAUAGUGUUGUAAAGAUUGCAGAACUUUCGGGUUUGCAGUGUUAACUUUUGUGUUGUAUUUAUUGUAGUGACCAGCCAGGGUGAGUGUGUGUGUGUGUGUGUGUGUGUGUGUGUGUGUGUGUGCGCGCGUGUGCGUGCGUGCAUGUGCACACGUGUGUGGGGGGGUUGGUGGGUGGCAGAUCAGUCUUUUCUCACCCCUCCCACUCACUCUCUGUCAGGUUCUGUGGCUCAAUUCACUCAUCCACCUCUUUUCACUGCGACAGCCUCUUAGCUUUUAGGUGCACUUGAUUUCUCCCAAGUGGAAUUUUUUAUGCCAACCUUUUUACUUAUUGUGUGCCCUCCAUAUGAGGCAGUCAAUCUAUAUUCCCCAGACUUUACAUUCUAUAAUGCUAUUCUGUCAUCCUCGGCCAAGUCUCUCACCACCUCAGCCCUUGAUACAAAGAUGGAUGAAAGCACUUUGGGCCCAUGAAGGUAUUCACAGGAUUUUGAUCCAUCCGAUGGUGAAAUACUGCUCAGGAUGAUGAAGGAUCUCUGAGGAACAACCUUAGUUACACUUGAAGAUUGCUCGUUCUCGAUCCCUUCCUCAAUGGGCUCCAGCAGCCACGGUUUCUUCCACCACCAUCACCACCAACAGCACCAUCACCGCAGCUCCACGAUGCCCAGUCCGGCUGUGCCCAGACUGAUGGCUGAGCCGGGCAGCCUGCUUGGUGGCAUUGCCCAAAUCACUCCCACACUGUUCCUCAGUCGCGGUGCCGUAGCAUCCAAUCGUGGCCUGCUGCUGUCCAAGGGAAUUACAUGCGUAGUGAAUGCCACCAUUGAGCUGCCAAAUUUCAACUGGCCAAAUGUGGAGUACGUAAAGGUUCCACUGGCAGAUGCACCACACUCACCUAUAGCACUGUACUUUGACAGCAUAGCAGACAAGAUCCACAGUGUUGGGCAGAAGCGUGGAGCUGUGCUGGUGCACUGCGCCGCUGGUGUGAGCCGCUCAGCCUCACUCUGCCUUGCCUACCUCAUGAAGUAUCAUGGAGUGUCACUAGCUGAAGCACACGCCUGGGUAAAGGCCCGACGGCCUGUCAUUCGGCCCAAUGGUGGGUUCUGGCGCCAGCUUAUUGACUACGAGCGCAAACUCUUUGGCAAGACCUCAGUGAAGAUGGUUCAGACGCCGUAUGGGGUCAUUCCCGAUGUUUAUGAGCGUGAUCGUAGGAACCUGGCACCUUACUGGGGCCUGUAAAGAAAGCAGUGGGGGCUUUUUCAGGAGACAGAGGAAAAAUGGAAGGUGAGCAGAUCUGAUCAGUGAACUUUGGUGAUUGGUGACUCGCCCAGUAUCCAGCCACAAAAUGCUGCCGAUGAUUCCCAAGCACUGAGCCAAAUGUCACUGUUGAGUGUUGAACACUGAGACAGAUAUCAAUGCGUUUUUUUCCAGUGGUGAGAGGGAGGAAGACAGACCAAGUUGAGAUUCCAGGUGACAUCAGCAGAGACAGACCCUGAGCUAUUCUUGAUUAGGAAGAUGAACUGGAAAUGGGAUGCUGAAGUCAAAGCCUUUAGGGUACUGUAAGAAGGCAACGCAGGUUCUUAAACUGCUCGAUAGUGUGAUGACUCGCCAGUCCUGCAGACAUCUGUUUUUCUGAGGCAGCAAUCUGUUCUUGAUUACUGGUAGCGUUUUCAAGCAUAUUCUUGAAUAGGACAGGUUACUGAAAAUAACUAAAAGCCUCAAUGAGUUGGAAUAGGUUAAAUGUUGAACUAGGGGUUUAUUUAAUGAACAUAACCCAACUAAUUAAAUAUUAGGCUCAUUAUAUAAAUAACAUUUUGGCUACAAUAACAUUUUGGCUAUUUAUUAAAGCCAUAAAGAAUUUUAUUCCUGAAUUUUCCACUGACACAUUAGGUCCAAGUUAAGAUUGUUUAUAGGCUACUUGUUUUUGAGUUGAGGUUUGGAUUAAACCCAUUUAAGUGCCCAGUCAAACCAGUCAAAACAGCUAUAAGAACUCAAUAAUAAAUGUAACAACUUCGAUGAUGGUGGGUUGUGUCAUGUUGUGUCUUGACUGUAACAAAUUUAAAAAAUCACAGACCCCACUUUGACAACAGCUGCAUAAACUAGAAGAACAACUAAAAAAGACCAAUCUGGUUUAUUAAAUGAUUUUGGAGAGACUAAAUAAGCAUCAUCAUGGAUAAGAGAGUUUUGGGAAUUGGAAAAAUGGUGCUGCUAAAGAAAAGACAUUUGGGAGCUGUGUUGUUGUUUUGGCAUAUUUCAAAUAGUUCAAAUAAUAAAGUCUUUUUUUUCA